GAAGGAUACUAUACUGGAAACCCUGCACUAUACUACAAGGAAACUGACCCCAACAGUGCAGAGUAGCGGAAUUACUUACUCCAGGGAAACUCAGUGGGGCAAUUGUGUGUUCCUACAAAGAGUCCUGCAAGCUGUUGUACGUAUAGCUAACCCUUUUUGGAGAGAAUGGCAGCCGGUGAUGGAUUGAGCAAGCGUUUCAGUGCAAUGUCACUAAAUGGUUAUGUGUAUCUGGUUGUUGAAGAAAAUGAUCCAAAGGGACCACUCAACUAUAAAGUUGGCCUGUCUGAAAAUCCUCAUGUUCGUGUGGGUAAAUUGCAAACAGGGAAUCCACGAAAACUGAGACUUUUUCUGGAGUGUAAAGUGGAUAACAUGAGUGCUGCGGAAAGGAGUGCAAAACAGGCUUUGGUGCACUACAAGUGUAGACUUGGAGGAGGAACUGAAUGGUACACAGCUGGACCGGAGGAAGAGGAAGACCUUAUCAAGACAUUCGAGAAAGCAGUUCAUAGAUACAAACCAGUUAAAAAACAACAAAAGUAGAGUUGUUAAUUUGAAAUACUUACUCCCUUGUACGUACGUACUCAGAAUAACUAUAUACAGUAGUACUUUACUGUAUAUAUGAUAU